CAGCAACCCCUUGCUUCAGGUUAAGGGAAGAGCAAGGUGAUUAUUGCAGAUCUGAAGGGGACUUGGUUUAGGACGUCUAAGAAAGAGGAAGGGUCCAGGAUUUGCCUUCAGGCUUGGAUUGCUGAAUCAAAAUAGCAGGCCCAGCCUACCACGACGAUGACAGUCACUUAUUCCAGCAAAGUAGCAAAUGCCACUUUCUUUGGAUUUCACAGAUUACUCCUCAGGUGGAAAGGCAGCAUCUACAAAUUGCUGUACAGAGAAUUUAUUGUUUUUGCUACUCUUUACACAGCGAUAAGUGUAUUAUACAGAUUUUUUCUUACAGGUAGCCAAAAACGGUUCUUUGAAAAAUUAUCAAUUUACUGUGACAGAUAUGCUGAACAAAUCCCAGUAACUUUUGUGCUUGGUUUCUAUGUUACUUUGGUGGUGAAUCGCUGGUGGAACCAGUUUGUGAACUUGCCAUGGCCAGAUCGUCUGAUGUUGCUCAUCUCCAGCUGUGUCCAGGGCAGGGAUGAGUAUGGGCGCUUGUUAAGGAGGACUCUCAUGCGUUACGUGAAUUUAACAUCUCUGCUGAUCUUUCGCUCUGUCAGCACAGCUGUGUACAAAAGGUUCCCCACCAUGGACCAUGUGGUAGGAGCAGGUUUCAUGACAAAAUAUGAAAGAAAACUUUUUGAUGACCUUAAGUCUCCCCACCUGAAAUACUGGGUCCCAUUUGUCUGGUUCGGAAAUUUGGCAUCAAAGGCACGAAAAGAGGGAAGAAUUCGAGACAGUGUGGAUCUGCAGACACUGAUGAAUGAGAUGAAUAAGUACCGGUCUUGGUGUAGUCUUUUGUUUGGUUAUGACUGGGUUGGAAUUCCACUGGUCUAUACUCAGGUUGUUACUCUCGCAGUCUAUACCUUUUUCUUUGCCUGCCUGAUAGGGCGUCAAUUUUUGGAUACUGACCAAGGGUACCAGGGACAUGACUUGGAUAUUUACAUUCCUAUCUUCACACUGCUGCAGUUCUUCUUCUACGCAGGAUGGCUCAAGGUCGCUGAGCAACUCAUUAAUCCGUUUGGAGAAGAUGAUGAUGAUUUUGAAACUAACUGGUGCAUCGAUAGAAAUUUACAGGUUUCACUUCUGGCGGUGGAUGAGAUGCACAUGAACUUGCCAAGGAUGGAGAAAGAUAUUUACUGGAAUGACACCUCUGCCCGGCCACCCUACACAAAAGCAGCUGCUGAUUACUGUAUUCCUUCAUUUCUUGGAUCAACUAUUGAAAUGGGGCUGGCUGAUACCGAAUUUCUUUAUGGGGAAGAGUGGCCUUGGGAAGAGGAGAAACGCCAGAGACAGUAUUCAGUUUUGAGACGAGUCAAGAGGUUUCUCAGCGUCCAUGAGGGUCCUUCAUACCCAACUCACCAGCGCUACAGUCGGCAGACGAGUGAGAACUCAGUGUUUUUCCCAGCAGAUGAAAAGGGGCACAUCAGACGGCUACAGGAAAUGCACACAAGAGGGAGGCACUCUACCUCAAGCUUCAAGAAGAAAUACGAAGGAGUUACCAGAAGUAACAGGCUUCAUGGCAGCCGAGAGCUAGGACCCAUAACAGAAACCUCAAGGAAUGAGGUGACCAAGGAGUUUGGUGACAGUGACACCUCAUCUGAGACAACCAGGCCAGUUCCUGAGGUCAUCAUUUCUGAAGCCCAAGAGAUUGAACCUGAUGUGCUGGACAAACCAGACCUGCCAACAGAGCGCUCUGCAAGCGUGCCAGAAGAGAAGCUCCAAAGGAUCCUAGCUGAGGCAAAUAUGGCUCUUCUGAACCAACACUUUUUCCCCCCAGAAAUGACUCCAUACCUCUCAAGUUCAGAGGUGCAUCAGUCACUUCCUAGUAUGAUAGGAGAGCCCAAACAUGAGCCCCAGGUUAGUAACAUAGCUGGUCUCAUAACAGAUCAUGAGAGAAACCUUCAGCGAUGGAGUUUACCAAGCUUCCAUAGUCCCAGUACAGCAUCAAAUGCUGAUGCUGCACCACCUUCAACAGAUUCUGGGACAACUUCACAGCCAAGGACAUUCAGUGAUAGAGAAAGUGUUACUUCUGCUUCUGCUCCACAAACAUUUGAGAUGCAGGACUUAUGGGAAAAUCUGGACAGUAAAGAAACAGCCAUAGUAGAAUUUUCUAAUGAGAGUGAAAGAAAACUUUGACCAUUCUUCA